GGUAUUUUGAAAAAUGUGUAAACUGUAUACUGUUGAAUGUUCUAGCACUGUGGGUAAGUGAGCAUGUGAACAACAUUAGUCAUGUUCCAGAACUACUUUGUCCCAACAGAGCAAUGCUCACCUGAUAGUGAAAGCAUGUUUGGUUGAGAUACCAAAUCAAAGCUGUGUCAUUUGACUAGUCUAAUUUUGCUUUGCUCAACUAGCAGAGGGCUGCAGAUGUAACCAGCAAGCUCGCUUUCAAGGAAAUCCAGUCAAUGAGCAGAAACAUGGGCCUAGAACUUUCCUUGGUGGAGUCACCUGACACCCUGAUAGGCUCCCUGCACAGUGCUAUAUACACUGUUGUGUAGAGACACUCGUCCUCUUAGUCCGCCUGCCAGGAGAGGGAAAGGAGUGCUGGAGUCGUGUUGUGUGCUAGGCGAAAACAUAGCACCGCUUUAACUCAGUAAACUCUCAAGUCUUGAACGUCUGUCGCCACAAGAUGUCUAAAGGACCAGCAGUAGGCAUUGAUCUGGGCACCACAUAUUCCUGCGUGGGCAUCUUCCAGCAUGGCAAAGUGGAGAUCAUUGCCAAUGAUCAAGGAAACAGGACCACGCCCAGCUAUGUGGCCUUCACAGACACUGAGAGACUGAUAGGAGAUGCUGCCAAGAACCAGGUGGCCAUGAACCCAGCCAACACUGUAUUCGAUGCUAAACGUCUGAUUGGUCGUAAAUUUGACGAUCCUGUGGUGCAGUCAGACAUGAAGCACUGGCCCUUCAAGGUUGUGAAUGACUCAUCCAAACCCAAGGUGGAGGUUGAAUACAAGGGCGAGAUCAAGAACUUCUACCCUGAGGAGAUUUCCUCAAUGGUCCUCACCAAGAUGAAGGAGAUCUCUGAGGCUUAUCUCGGCAAGCCUGUGACCAAUGCAGUUAUCACAGUUCCUGCUUACUUCAAUGACUCCCAGCGUCAAGCCACCAAAGAUGCUGGAACCAUCUCCGGGCUUAAUGUGCAGCGCAUCAUCAAUGAGCCUACUGCUGCAGCCAUUGCCUAUGGCCUGGACAAAAAAGUUGGCGGUGAACGUAAUGUCCUUAUAUUUGACCUUGGAGGUGGUACGUUUGAUGUGUCAAUCCUGACCAUUGAAGAUGGUAUCUUUGAGGUCAAGGCCACAGCUGGUGACACUCACUUGGGCGGUGAGGACUUUGACAACCGCAUGGUUAACCACUUCAUUGCUGAGUUCAAGCGAAAGUUCAAAAAGGAAAUCAACAACAACAAGCGAGCUGUUCGUCGCCUGCGCACAGCCUGCGAGCGUGCCAAGCGCACCCUUUCCAGCAGCACCCAGGCCAGCAUUGAGAUUGAUUCCCUCUAUGAAGGAACAGAUUUCUACACUUCUAUCACCAGGGCCCGUUUUGAAGAGCUCAAUGCAGACCUGUUCCGUGGAACCCUCGAGCCUGUGGAGAAGGCCCUGAGGGAUGCCAAGAUGGACAAGACCCAGAUCCAUGACAUUGUCCUGGUGGGUGGCUCCACACGUAUCCCCAAGAUUCAAAAGCUGCUGCAGGACCUCUUCAAUGGCCGUGACCUCAAUAAGAGCAUCAACCCUGAUGAGGCUGUGGCCUAUGGUGCAGCUGUGCAGGCAGCCAUCUUGGCUGGUGAUAAGUCUGAGAAUGUACAGGACCUGCUCCUGCUGGAUGUCACGCCCCUGUCCCUGGGAAUUGAAACUGCUGGAGGAGUAAUGACUGUCCUUAUCAAAAGGAACACCACCAUCCCCACCAAGCAAACCCAGACCUUUACUACCUAUUCAGACAACCAACCUGGUGUGCUCAUUCAGGUUUAUGAAGGUGAGAGAGCUAUGACCAAGGACAAUAAUAUCCUGGGAAAGUUUGAGCUGACCGGUAUUCCACCUGCUCCCAGAGGUGUUCCUCAGAUUGAGGUGACCUUUGACAUUGAUGCCAAUGGCAUUCUAAAUGUGUCUGCAGUGGACAAAAGCACUGGGAAGGAGAACAAGAUCACUAUCACCAAUGACAAAGGGCGGCUGAGCAAGGAGGACAUUGAGGCCAUGGUGCAAGAGGCAGAGCGUUUCAGGGCUGAGGACGAGGCCCAGAGAGACAAGGUCACAGCCAAGAACUCCCUCGAGUCUCUGGCCUUCAACAUGAAGAGCACUGUGGAGGACGAGAAGCUCCAAGACAAGAUCAGCCCUGAGGACAAAAAGACCAUCGUAGACAAAUGCAAUGAAGUCAUUGCCUGGCUGGACAGGAACCAGACUGCAGAGAAGGAUGAGUACGAUCACCAGCAGAAGGAACUAGAAAAGGUGUGCAACCCCAUCCUCUCCAAGCUAUACCAGGGGGGGAUGCCGGGAGGGAUGCCUGGAGGAAUGCCUGGUGGCUUCCCUGGUGGAGCUGGAGGCGGCUCCUCCUCAGGACCAACUAUUGAGGAGGUCGACUGAGCACUGCAGACAGUGUCUUUAUCUCAGAUCCCAACAUACGCUGCUAUUUACUUAGCCAGAAUACACAUUCAACAAACAUCAGGCCACAGGCUUAUUUUGCUUACAGCUAAAUUCUUGCCAUAAUCUUUGUUUACAACAUUUAAUAAAUCUAAGCAACUAAAUCUGACACUUGCAUACAGUUACAAUAUUCAGUCACAUAAGACAAAAGUCUGUUGUCUUUGUAUUUAUAUCUCCAUUGAUGUGCUGCAUGGGGGAUAAAAAGUAAUCUCUUUAUCUAUG